CAUCAAUUCUCAACUCUACAAAAGGCUACUCCUUCAGAACCCUUUUGCAUCAAAGCUCAGUAAAAACCUUCAAUUAAACAGUUCAAAAAUGGCAACUGAAUUUUCUGCAAAAUCUGCAUUUCUCCUCCUUGGCAUACUGCUAAAUCUGGCUUUCAAAACAAAAGCUGGAAGCAUAGUGAUUUAUUGGGGCCAAGACGGGAGGGAAGGCACACUCACAAGUACAUGUGCGUCACGAAAAUAUGGUAUUGUAAACAUAGCCUUCCUCUCGAUUUUUGGCAAUGGCCAAAAACCUCAAAUCAACUUAGCUGGUCACUGUGACCCGUCCUCAAAUGGUUGCCAAAAAGUGACCAACGACAUCCGUAAUUGCCAAAACCAGGGAGUCAAAGUUAUGCUUUCCAUUGGUGGUGGAACUAGCGGCUACACCUUAACCUCUGAUGCUGAAGCUAGGGGUGUAGCAGAAUAUUUAUGGAACAACUUCCUCGGUGGACGUUCAAAUUCAAGGCCGCUAGGUGAUGCCAUUUUGGAUGGCAUAGAUUUUGACAUAGAGGGUGGAGAACUUCACUAUGUAGCUCUUGCCACUAGAUUGUCCGAGCUCAGCAGAGGAGGCAGGAAAGUGUACUUAACCGCGGCACCGCAGUGUCCUUUCCCUGAUGAAUGGCUCGAUGAUGCACUUGCCACAGGACUUUUUGACUAUGUGUACAUCCAAUUUUACAACAAUCGACCAUGCGAGUAUAACACCAAUAACCCUAAGAAAUUUAAGGAUUCAUGGAACCAAUGGACGUCAUCUGUUCCAGCCCAGAAGUUCUUCGUGGGGCUUCCAGCUUCUCAACAGGCGGCUGCGGGCAGUGGUUAUGUGGGAGCCAAUAUACUCAAAUCGCAAGUGUUGCCUUUUGUCAAGGGUUCUUCCAAGUAUGGAGGUGUCAUGCUUUGGAACAAGUACCACGAUGAUCGAAAUGGAUAUAGCUCCCAAAUAAGGGACAGUGUUUAAUUUCGAAGAGCAGAUCCUUGCACGUUAUGACACCUAAAAUCAAAGAGCAAUGCCUGAGUUUCCUCUUUAGGGGAGUCCUUAAUACUCUUUUUUUUUUUUAGUAUGAAAUAAAACGUUGCUCAUUACUCUUUGUUAUAAAAAUGAACGAAAAGUAAGCUUUAUUAGUUAUA